AUGACGAUGACGAUGACGAGGACGAGGACGAGAGACGAGGACGAGGACGAGGACAAGGAUGAGGACGAGGAUGAGGAGGACGAGGACGAGGAUGAGGAUGAGGAGAACAAGGACGAGGACGAGGAUGAGGACGAGGACGAGGACAAGGACGAGGACGACAAGGAGGACGAGGACGAGGAGGACCACGAGAACGAGGACGAGGACGAGGACGAGGAGGACGAGGACGAGGAGGACAAGGACGAGGAGGAGGACGACGACGAUGGUGACGAUGAUGAGAAUGACAAUAAGGAUGAGGAUGAAGAUGAUGACGAGGAAGAGAUGAGGGAGUACAAUGAUAAUGAUGACGAGGAAGAGAUAAGGGAGUACAAUAAGAAUAAACUUGAUUAUAGAUGGAUAAACUUGUCAGUUUAG